GAUAAUUUCAAACUAACACUGUUUAGUUGUGUUUCUAUACUCAUCCAGUUUGAACAAAUAUUUUAUAUAUUUUGUAGAAAAUAAUUAUUUUUUAAACUCACGUUUGUAAAUUAUUUAUAAUAAAAUAUGCUUUCGUCGUGCUUUGGAUUGCCUUUGCGAACAGGAACAAAUAUUAUCGCGAUUAUUAAUUUGAUCGCAUCGAUUUGUUAUAUUUGUUAUUACAUUUGGGACUAUACUUUUAGUCACUCAACGGUAAGCAAAACUUUGGAAUUCAAUGAAAUUGAUCAGUUAUUUGAAGCUACAGACAAAAUGGUUUUGAAUUACAUCACAUUAGUUUUUAUGCUCGUUGGAUUUUCUUCACUGUUCGCAAGUUUUGGCUUGAAACAAGCAACAUCGAAUAAUGCUACACACAAGAUUUAUCUAUGGCUUUUGAUUGGUUAUGUUCAACUUGGUACAGUUUUCACCAUUGAGAUUGUUGUACUAAUGAAACAUUCAAAUUUCGUCAAACAUAAUAUAUUUGGAUUGAUCACAUACUUUGCGCUUUUGGACGCUAUUUUAGUAUACCAGCUGUUAGUAGUACAGUCAUUCUAUAAAGAAGAGAAAUUAAUUGAAGAGACCAAUUACUCUAGACUGCGUUCGGACUUAACAUCACAAAUUGAAGAACAAAAUGAAGAAGAGUUUCAAAAUGUAGAUCUUUAAUAUAACUUUAAUUUUUGUAUUAUUCUUGUUUAUUUUGACAUAAGUAUACCUACCUAGUAUGUAUCUUUAUAAUGGGCAUAUUAUGUUAUUAUUAUUAAAUUUAUGUUUUUGUAAAAAUUUUGAUUGACUAUUGAGGUAGGUAUAGUCUACAUACUAAGCUUUUAAAUGUUGUUAAAUGUAAAAAUCAUUUUUAACUUCAACUAAUACCAAUAUAAGUAAUACAAGAUUUUAUUGCUAAGCGUAGAUGAUGAGCAAAUCCAAUUUGAUUCAAUUUGAACUUUAGAAAUUAUGUUAAUACAUCACAUAUAUAUAUAUAUAUAUAUAUAUAUAUAUAUAUAUAUAAUAGUAUUUAGUUGAUACAGCCGAUAUAGGCAUAGUUAUGUUAAUUUCAAUUUUAACCUUUUCAUCAUUAAAAAAAAAACUAUACACAAUUAUAACCAUUUAAAAAUGAAAUAAUUUGUAAAACUAUAUAAGUAUGUAGGUAAUUGUUAUAUACAUUAAUACAUUAUAUUACGUACCUAUUAUGUAAAAAAAAACCUUGUUAACAACUCCAUGGACGUACUCACGGGAUGGGAGGUUAAACCUCCCCCAUAGAAAAUUCCUAAGAACGCCCCUGAACAACUCCCAUUUUUAUUAUUUCAAUGUUAACGUCAAUGUAUUACAAAAA